CCAUUUUCAGAAUGAUUACAGCACUAUUGCAGACAAGUUCAAAAAUUAAUAGUGUAUUGCUAAAAAAUAUCUCUGGUAAAACGGUACGCAACAUGGCAACGUAUUUAGUAGAAGAUGCAAAAUUCAGUUUCUUGAAAGAUCUCGGUUUAAGCCGUGUCAAUAGUGGAAUAUACGAUGGGCAAUGGAGUAAAGGUAACGCCAAGUCAGUUCAAUCCAUUGAUCCAGCAACAGGCCGAGUGAUUGCAGAGGUUACUACGGGUUCAGAAAAAGAUCUCGAGCAAUGCCUUGCGGCAGGUGUGGCCGCAUAUGAAGAAUGGAAAAAAUUCCCAGCGCCGUUUCGUGGCGAAAUUGUCCGCCAAAUCGGCGAAGAACUUCGUAAGUUUAGAGAACCUCUCGGUAAGUUGGUUGCUCUCGAAAUGGGCAAGAUUCUGCCGGAAGGCAUUGGGGAAGUGCAGGAGUUUGUCGAUAUUUGUGACUAUGCAGUGGGGCUGUCGCGCAUGUACGGAGGUUUCAUCUUCCCUUCUGAACGACCUCAACAUACCAUUUUGGAAAAAUGGAAUCCGAUCGGCCUAGUAGGCGUCAUAUCGGCGUUCAAUUUCCCUUGCGCCGUAUUUGGUUGGAAUGCAGCUAUUGCACUAACUGUCGGAAAUUCGGUACUUUGGAAAGGUGCACCUACUACAUCUCUAGUAAGCGUGGCUACCACCAAAAUUGUAGCCGAUGUAAUCAAACGAAACAACCUUCCGCCAAUAGUGACACUUUGCCAGGGUGAUGUUGAAGUCGGCAAACGCAUGGUGAGUGACGAACGAGUCAAACUGUUAUCAUUCACCGGUAGUACCGCGGUUGGUCGCACUGUUGGCGUUGAGGUGCAACGUCGAUUUGGUAGAUGUUUGCUAGAGCUUGGAGGCAACAAUGCACUGAUCAUCAACGAUGAUGCUCCCCAACAAAUGGCUCUUGAUGCAGCGUUCUUCGGGUGCGUUGGAACAGCAGGGCAACGUUGUACUACCACGAGACGGCUUCUCAUUCAUGAAAAGCUGUAUGAUGAUUUUGUUCAAAAACUGGUUAAACGCUACACAAAUCUGAUGCAACGUGUUGGACAUCCGUUAGAACAAUCAACACUUUACGGGCCACUACACAAUCAGCAGGCGGUUGAAAACUACAAGCAAACUAUACAGGAGGCGGUUUCGUUAGGCGGUAAAAUCGAAUGUGGUGGUAAGGUUUUGGAGCGUCCUGGAUUUUUUGUCGAACCUACGAUCAUUUCCAAUCUACCACACAAUGCUUCCGUGGUAAAGCGAGAAACCUUUGCACCAAUUGUGUACGUGUUUAAGACGAACAAUUUAAAAGAAGCGAUCGCUUGGAACAACGAGGUCGAUCAAGGGCUCUCGUCAUCACUCUUUACCAACAAUAUCCAAUCGGCUUUUCAGUGGAUCGGAGAAAAUGGUUCAGACUGCGGCAUAGUAAAUAUUAACACCUCGCCAUCUGGAGCUGAAAUUGGAGGAGCUUUUGGUGGUGAGAAGCAUACUGGUGGCGGCCGUGAAUCUGGAUCCGAUGCAUGGAAGCAAUACGCCCGUCGUUCUACAAUUACCGUGAAUCAUUCAGCUGAUUUGCCACUAGCGCAAGGAAUUGUGUUUGAGUAACAUGAUGAACGGAAACUCAUAUCAUAUGU